ACUGUACGUUUCCUGCUUAAGUGGGGGGGGGGGUGCAGAUAUGGGCAAGAGACGAAAUUCCUUGAUGUGAAAAUGAGGUCAGCAAACGAACCUCACUAAGAGUCUGCAUGUCACUAGAUACACCCAAAGAGAAACACAUUUGGAACAGGCGUCGUGCCAAUAGAAGUUGGUCAUUGCGAGAGGUAAACUCGAUGCGGUGUUCCCACUGCGGAAAUUAAAGUCCUAUGGAGGGAAAAAUAAAAAAAAACGCGUGGCAAAGUUUUGGGGAGGGAGGGAAAUCUGGGUGCAUGCUAAGUCGUCUGGCAGCCUGCGCGCGUGUAUUGGGCCAUGUGGCAGGGAAGGGCAUGUUGAUGUAGAGAGAAAUCCAGACACUGUGAACUCAGUUCACGAUCUCACCGACAGCAUCUUGCCAAGCACGACGCUGAAACCUCCCCCCUCCCUCCCAACACCGCCAGCACGCGCACUUACCAAACAUCGAGGCGUGUACACAUCUUCGAACUAAGAUUCGAGGCCACGAAAGGAAGGGAAGGCUGCUGUCCAACAAAGGCAGCACGUGGAGUGCCGGACUCCCGUGGCGAUGUGGGACACUCGGCUGGCGGCGGUAACGGUGGCGGCGGUGGUGGCGGUGGUCGCUUGGGGCCCGCUCCCUGCGAGCGCAGCCCCCCAGAGUUCCGCUCGGAGGCGUCCGAACCCUUGGGGUCAACAGAGGUCGCCCUCCGCUCUCUCCGCUGCUCCACGCGGUCGCCACGGAGGCGACGCGGGCGUCAUCUCGGCCCUCGUCGUUCCGGGCCCUGACGAGGGCGGCACCGGCUCCAGCUACGACGUCCUGCCAGGCCGCACGGGCCACUGCGCGUUUAACGGGAUGCAGAUGUUCGAUGGGUCCGUGUGGUCCCCCAAGCCGUGCGUGACGUGCGUGUGCAAGCGCGGCGCCGUCGCCUGCGACGAGGUGGACUGCCCUCGUCCGCACUGCCAGAGGACGGCACGCACCGCCGCCACGUGCUGCCCCGUGUGCCAGAACACCGAGCCGCAGGAGGGGACGGCGCAGACCGGAGAAGCAGCGGAGGCGGAGAAUCAGAAGAAGCGCGCUCGGGGAAGCAAGAAAGGUCGCAAGAAACCCGACGAUGAGGUCGGUGGCGUUAAAGAGCAGCAGGAGCAGCAGCAGGAGCAGCAGCGGGAGCAGGAGCGGGAGCAGCAGCAGCAGCAGCAGCAGGAGCAGCAGCAGCGGGAGCGAGAGAAGGAGCAGCAGCAGCAGGAACAGCAGCGGGAGCAGGAGCAGCAGCGGGAGCAGCAGCAGCGGGAGCAGCAGCAGCGGGAGCAGCAGCAGCGGCAGCAGGAGCAGCAGCGGGAGCAGCAGCAGCGGGAGCAGGAGCAGCAGCAGCAGCGGGAGCGAGAGAAGGAGCAGCAGCAGCGGGAGCAGCAGCGGGAGCAGCAGCAGCAGCAGCGGGAGCAACAGCAACAGCAGCGAGAGAAGGAGCAGCAGCAGCAGCAGGAGCAGCAGCGGGAGCAUCAGCAGCGGGAGCGAGAGAAGGAGCAGGAGGAGAAGGCGGCGCUGGCACCUGCCCCGCCGAAUCCCGACGGCCGAUUUGAAAGCCCCGCGCCGGAAAUCCAGCGUGGAGCAUCGCCGGACGGGACGCCGCCGCCGCUCCCUCCUGCGGCCGCGGCGGCGGCGCCGCCAGCGAAGCCGGACGCGGCGGAGCGAGCGCGGCGGCGGGAGCAGAAGCGCCGGGAGGAAGAGGAGAAGCGGCAGCGCUACCUGGAGGAGGAGCUGCGCUUGCAGGAGCAGGAGGAGGUGUCGGCACGGGCGGCCGCGGCGCCGGCGACGCCCGCGCCCGCCGGUCCCACCGGAGCGACCGAGCGAGCGGGGGUGCGCGGCGACGUGCCGGACGACGCGCCGAGCGAGCGGCCGCCGCCGGCGCCGCCGCCGCCGGCGGCCCCCGCGCUGCCGCGGGGUUUCGUGCCGCCCGGCGAGGACCCCCCCGGGGACGGGGCGACGUUGGCGCCGGCCGCGCCGGCCGCGCCGGAGCUGCCGAGGGGGUGCAAGUCGGAGGACACGACGCUGACGUGCGACUCGGCCAAGCUGGUGUACGUGCCGCCCCUGACCGACGCGCACCUGCUGCAGCUCUACCUCACAGGGAACGCGAUUGCGGUGAUUGAGGCCGGAACAUUCCGCGGGCUCCCACGCGUCGAGUGGAUCGACCUGAGCAGGAACCAACUCACGAGCCACGGCAUCAGAGACGGCACCUUCGAGAACGUGACGACACUGAAGCGGCUGUUCCUCGAUGGCAAUGUGCUCACGACCAUCCCAUCCCCACUGCCGCCAUCACUCGAGGAGCUCAAAAUCAACGACAACAAACUCAAGGUCAUCGACCGCAGCACCUUCGCCUCGCUGUCGAGCCUUCUGACGCUGGAGCUGGAGGGAAACGCGCUGAGCGAGAGCACGGUGGACCCGCUGGCGUUCGCGUCGCUCGCGGGGCUCCACUACCUGCGCCUCGACCGCAACAAGUUCCGCCUCAUCCCCUCGGGCCUCCCGCCAUCGCUCGACGAGCUCUACUUGAGCGACAACCAGAUCGAGGAGAUCUCGAACGGAGUCUUCAACAAAUCAUCGUCCCUCUCCAUCCUCCACCUCCAGAACAACCGCCUACAGGAGACGCGGAUCCACCCGCGGGCCCUCAUCUCCCUCAAGAACCUGGAGUCCAUCGACUUCUCUCACAACCGAUUCGUCCACGUGCCCUCUUUCCUGCCCACGUCGCUGCGUCACCUCGUGCUCACCUACAACCUGCUGCAGCGCGUUCCCGGAUACGUGUUUGCGCACAUGAGCCCGGGACUCGAGUACCUCUACCUGUCGUUUAACCGCAUCACGAGCGACGGGAUCGACCCGGUGUCGUUCCACGGCAUGCAGACGUCCCUCCUGGAGCUCUACCUGGACCACAACCUCCUGCGCACCGUGCCGCUGGGCCUCGCCGACCUCGCGGUGCUCCGCACGCUGCUGCUCAACGACAACGACAUCCGCACGGUGCCCCCCCAGGCGUUCUGCGUCGACUCGAACCCGGACGACUCCGCGCUCGUCACGCUGCGGCUCGACCAGAACCACAUCGAGCGUCGCGCCGUGCCUCGCACCGCCUUCUCCUGCGUGCGCUCGCUCUCCAGUGUGGUGCUGCGCCCGCAGAAGCCCCCGGGGCGCACGCCACCGUCGUCGUCGUCGAGGAGGGGGAGGCCUGGAAGACCCCGGGCGAAACCUGAGCCGGAUUACGAUGACUACGAGUCGCACUCCGGGUACGAGGAUGAGGUGCGGCAGGAGGAGGAGGAAUACGAGGAGGGGGACUUCGGGAUGGACCAGGACCCGGCCGUUUGGUUCUUCAGGUUGGGGUUGGGACUCGGACUCUGGUAGUGACUGGUGGAGGGAUGGGUGGACGGGUGGAGGGGUAGAUGGGCGGAGGGAUGGGUGGACGGGUAGAUGGGUGGAGGGAUGGGUGGACGGGUGGAGGGGUAGAUGGGUAAACUGGUGGAUGGAAUAACACACAGAGAAAUGAAUUAAGGGACACGUAUGUGGAUUACCAGUGAUAGACCGAUAGACAGAUUGUGAAGGAGAUACAGAGAGCCAAUGAGACAGGCAGACUGCAAUGGCGAAAUGGACAGAAGGAUGGACACAGCUACUGGCUAGUAGACAUCUGGAUAGACAAUAGGAUAGAUCGAUUGACAAAGAUAACGUGGAUGGAUGGUCAGAUGGUUAAUUGCAUGCACCUCCGAUUAGCACAGUUGGCUACGUACGGUGGAAAAGAAAAACAAACAUACAGGGUUGGACAGGUGGACAGCCUGAUGGACAGACAGAAGGACGGAUGAAUAGAUGGUCAGACAGGCAUAUGGACAAAUUGUUGGACAAGCAGGUGGAUUGACGGAUGCAUGAAUGGACCGAUUUACAAAUGGACUAAUGGAUCGACAGACAGAUCAGAUGGGCAGACAGACAGACGAUACAGAGAGAGGAAAAUAUAGCAAUGCAGACAAAGAGAAAGACUGACGCUCAGAUAGGUAAAUGGACAGAGAGCCGUGGGGAUCUAUAUACCAAUACUUUAGAGAAGAGCUCUCGCGUGGCAAUUGAAACUAUUAUCGGCACUUGUCACAGCGAUCACUGCGUCACCAUUGCCACCGCAGCCGUAUGGAACCGCCAACCAUUGAGCACCGUCGCAACGCCGUCACCACCGCAGCCAUAAGGGCCACGUCGCCUGAUCGACAACACUGCCACAGUCACGCGUUAUUGCCACUGCAAUCGAAACAAGAUUCAUAUUUUGGACAAUCAUUGCCACUGCCGUAACCAAACAUCGUCACCGUCGUCAACAGCCAUGCCAUCAUCUUCAUUAUCAUCACUGCCACUUUCAUAAUCGUCGAACCACCACCGUCAUAUUUCCAUCAUCAUGACAAUCAUUGAUCACAAUCUCAAUAUCAUUGCCACCACAGUCAACGGACAUCAGCACAACACCAUCACUAUCACGGUCUCUAUGUUAUCAUUGUUAUCAUCACCGUCACGACCGUCACUGUUUGUAUGUACGCAAAAAAACACCCAUUUCAAGUUGUUAAAAAUACUCCUUUUGGUUAUAUUAAAAUAAAAGUUCUUUUUUAAAAUC